AUGCCAGCUGCGGGGCAACUCCGCAGAAACGACCAUGAGCAGAGGUGUCUGGAGAGCAGACUGCUGACCCGCGCCGGAACACGCCGGUGUUACGUCGGCGGGAAACGCAGGACACGCGGUUCCACGCCCGCUCGCUCAAACACAAGACGAGCAGAGCGCCGCCGGCGUGACCUCGUCAGACCGGGCGAGGGGGCCGGAGCUAAGUCCAGGGAGACGCGGUCCGUCCGCCGGCGUGACCUCGUCAGACCGGGCGAGGGGGCCGGAGCUAAGUCCAGGGAGACGCGGUCCGUCCGCCGGCGUGACCUCGUCAGACCGGGCGAGGGGGCCGGAGCUAAGUCCAGGGAGACGCGGUCCGUCCGCCGGCGUGACCUCGUCAGACCGGGCGAGGGGGCCGGAGCUAAGUCCAGGGAGACGCGGUCCGUCCGCCGGCGUGACCUCGUCAGACCGGGCGAGGGGGCCGGAGCUAAGUCCAGGGAGACGCGGUCCGUCCGCCGGCGUGACCUCGUCAGACCGGGCGAGGGGGCCGGAGCUAAGUCCAGGGAGACGCGGUCCGUCCGCCGGCGUGACCUCGUCAGACCGGGCGAGGGGGCCGGAGCUAAGUCCAGGGAGACGCGGUCCGUCCGCCGGCGUGACCUCGUCAGACCGGGCGAGGGGGCCGGAGCUAAGUCCAGGGAGACGCGGUCCGUCCGCCGGCGUGACCUCGUCAGACCGGGCGAGGGGGCCGGAGCUAAGUCCAGGGAGACGCGGUCCGUCCGCCGGCGUGACCUCGUCAGACCGGGCGAGGGGGCCGGAGCUAAGUCCAGGGAGACGCGGUCCGUCCGCCGGCGUGACCUCGUCAGACCGGGCGAGGGGGCCGGAGCUAAGUCCAGGGAGACGCGGUCCGUCCGCCAGGGCCGGCGGCAGCGGCUGCUACGCUUGGGAAGCUGGAGCGGCGGCUCUGACUUUGACAAGUAGGAAUCUUAAGAGGACAGACAUAACAAUGAUCUAUCGGCCAGCCAACAAACCACCUACUGUGGUCAACAGCAUUUGGAAAACGGACUUUUCAGCACCAAGCUACUAGGAUGGACACACUUACCGUCCAAGCCUGAAAGGAGAGAACGGCUCCGCUGCAGCUGGGCGAUACAUCUGAGGCUCUAAUACGAGACACUCUAGCUGGGAUUGAAAACCCAGGUUUCCAGUUCUCUAGGACCAGGAUCUCUCCACGAUAUUACACUCUCUGGAUGAUGAAAUCAGCUUCUGCUUUCACAGCCAGUUCAGUACAGCCACGACAGCAGACGGUGAAGAGGGAACAAGCGUUAUGCGCAGGACAGGGACGUGACCUCCGCCCUCUGACUCACCGUCCGCCGGGAGGGACCUCACACGGCCAGGGAACACGUUUUAGAGAUUAAGGACCAAGCCAAGUUCUGGCAAGGGCAAGCAGGAAGGUCUGCUGAGGCCAAAGAGCGUGACAUACAGGUCCACAGCGCCAC